AUGUCUACAAACUUUGUUCAGCCACAAUUACCCCAAUUGUCAAAAGAGCAAUAUGAAGAUUGGUGCAUCAAAAUGAAAGCAUUAUUUGGUUCCCAAGAUUUGUGGGAAAUUGUUAAUGAUGGGUUUGAAAAUCCAUCGGAUGAAACAAAAGCGGCAUUAAAUAAAGAGAAGAAAGAUGAGUUGAAAGAAAAUCAGAAGAAAGAUCAAAGGGUAUUAUUUUUGAUCUAUGCAGGAUUAUACCGCGAAACAUGUGUGAAAAUCUCAAAUGCAACCACAAGCAAGGAAGCUUGGGAUAAUCUUGCAACUAUAUUUAAAGGAGUCGAGAGAGCUCAAAAAAUUCGCUUACAAGUACUACGAGGUGAAUUUGAGGAAAUCAAAAUGACUAGUAAUGAGUCAAUCUCUGAAUAUUUUUCUUGCCUACUUACAAAUGUUAACCAACAAAAAUUAAAUGAAGAAAAGAUUGAAGAUAAAAAGAUUGUUGAGAAAAAGAACUUAUGGGAUCCCUUCAAGUACAUGAACAAAGAAUUCAGAAGAAUGAUGAACCAAGCACUUGAAUCAAAGUUGUCAUUAAAUGAACAAAGAGGUGAAAAUCAACGAGGUGGAUUUCGUGGACGAGGAAGAGGUCGUGGUAACUACCAACCUCGCAACCAAAGUAAUGAGAGAAGUUUUGGCCAAGGGAGAGGGUCAAACAGAGGAGUAAAGAGUUUCAACGAAUGCAGUAAAUUAAAUGACAUUCAAUGCUAUAAUUGUCAAAAAUAUGGACAUUAUGCAUCUGAGUGUUGGAGCAAACAAAAGGAUCAAGGCAAUCGAUUAAAUUUCGCCGAAUCAUCAAGAAACAAUGAGGAAAGUCCUACAUUGUUACUAGCGCAUGAAGAAGCUAGUAAUUAG